AUGACAGGGCACGUUGUUUUUCUAGUUCUCUCCCAGCUGAGAAAAUCUUAUGGAAAUGUCCACAGUCUGUUCCUCGGUCCCAAACAAGCCGUGGUCAUCAACUUGCUGAAGGCCAUGAAGGAGGCCAUGGUGGUCAAGGCCAUGCUUCUGUUCAGAACGUGUUAUGGGUAUGACGACGAGCUGAUCAAGACCAUCGUUUGGAGCUUCACUGCACUUGCAAAGAUGACCAAUGAACCGAACUUCCACUGCUGGGUGGAGACCUGGAUGAGGAGAAACGAUCUCUCUCCGGGAAACGAUGGUUGGCAGGCUCUGGACCCAACACCUCAGGAACUGAGCGAAGGUGAGUUCUGCUGUGGUCCCAGUCCAGUGGAGGCCAUCAAGGAGGGAAACCUGGAAACAAAGUAUGAUACUCGGUUCACGUUCGCUGAGGUGAAUGCUGACAUCAGCAACUGGAUGAUCCUACCUAAUGGCCAGAGACAAAAGAUUAGUGUGGAUGAGAGAACUGUGGGGAGAAACAUCAGCACCAAGAGCGUUUAUGGAGACUUCAGAGAAGAUGUGACUCUACAAUACAAAUACCCUGAAGGUUCUGCUAAAGAACGAGAGGUGUACCUGAAAGCAGGACGCAAGAUCCUGGAGCCGACUGAGAGCACAAAACCAAAACAUAUGAAACUGAUAAUCCGGCAUGACCAGUGUGUGUUUGGGACGGACUUCGAUGUGACUGUGGAGGUGAAGAAUGAAGGAGAAGAAAGUGUGGAUGUGAAGCUAACGAUGAAGGUCAUGGCUGUGUCCUACAACUCCAUCCACCAGGGAGACUGCCUGAAGCAGACCAGUAAUGUGACGGUUCCAGCUGCCCAAUCCCAUAAAGAAAUCCUGCGUCUGCAAUAUGAGAACUAUGCCAGGUGUGUCUCUGACCAACACCUGAUCAGAGUGAAAGUGCUGGCAGAGGCUAAGGGGGUACCUCUACCCUUCAUGAGGGUGUCUGACAUCCCUCUGAAAAUGCCUGAGAUCCAUAUACAGAUUAUUGGAACGACUUUUGUUUGGGAACCGGUGUCGGCCAACGUCUCCUUCACCAAUCCUCUGCCAGGCCCUCUGAAUGAAGGGGUGUUCACCCUGGAGGGGUCCGGCCUGCUGUCUGACACCCACAUCUAUGUCACUCAUGCCAUUUCUCCCGGUGAGAAGGUGUCCGUGGUCGUGCCCUUCACACCCUUUAAGACCGGGGUCAGGAAGCUCAUGGCGAACUUCGACUCAGACAAGCUGAAGGGCAUCAAGGGAGAAGCCACUGUGGUCAUCAAGUCAAGACACAGAAACGACUUCCAUGUAAUCAGUGACUAUUAUUAA